AUGGACAAACUACUUCUGCGCCGCCCACCAACAUACGCAUUCGUCCGCAGUCUCUCACUCUUCACGAGCGGCGGCAGCACCGGCGCCGGCACCGCACCGGUGCGCCAUAGCGACCCACGCUUUACACUCCUGGGCAGCUCCCUCCUCCAAGUACAGCUCCCACCCUUUUCCCAACUCUACACGCGGCCGGGGCAGACCCUCGGUCAAUCCGCACAGGCGCGCACAAAGGCAGUCCUCCCAGGCCCGACGUCUCUCCUCAAGCCGCUAAUCGGACGGCCAGCGUUUUUGCAGGAAAUAUCGACGGACACUCGGGCGGCGGAUAUUCUGCUGGCGCCGCGGAUGCCCGGGGCCCUGGCGGUGGUCGGGAUGGACGGGGCAGCAGGGCUGUUUGUGCGCAGAGGGUGCUGGCUGGCGCGGACGCGGUUCCUGCAGGUGUCCGCGUGGAAGGGCAUCGGCGGCGGCGGCGGCUUCGGGGCGCUGGCCUUUGACAGUGUGACUGGGAAGGGCACCGUGGUGCUGAAUGCCACCGGAGAGAUCCAUCGCCUGGUGCUGGGUGAUGCCGAGGAGUAUCUGGUGGACCCGAGGUUUGUCGUUGCCUGGGCGGACUCGCUGCGUGUGGUGCCGCAGGACGCGCCCUCUACCCAGCAGACAUCCGACCACAACCCCACUGCGCCUACCACUGGCGCUGUUGUUGUUGAACGCGCUGCGCCGCUGGUGGGCAGCGCGCCGGUGGUCGAGAACAGGGUAUCAUCGCUACCGCCGUCGCCUGCCCGGUCCGCACAGACUGUUGGCGAAUCUACCAUGGCUACGCCGCCCGGUGGGGAGCCCGGUAAUGCGCUGGCGGCCAGGAUCCUUGCGGCGGCCGGUGCUUGGGCGGUUCUCAAGGCCACGCGCACUUUGGCUGGCGUUCCUGAUCUGUAUCGCGUCACGGGACCCGGCGAAAUCUACGUGUCUACCAGACUGGCGCCGAAGCCGUGGACGCGCAUCACAGAGAACAUUGCCGCAAAGUCUUCGGCCAACUGA